CAGCAUCUCUAAAUAAUGCAAUUGUUCCUCACAUUGAGCCAAUUCAGAAAAUUGACUUGAUGCCAAAUGAAAUUAAGCUGGAAGGUGUUAAGAAUUAUUUGAGCUGGUCAAGAAGGGCGCUACUCAUCUUGAGGACUAAAGGGCUUGAGGGCUUUGUCAGUGGUGAGGCAGAGGAGCCAGGAGACAAGAAAACUUCAGAAUGGAGGACAUGGAGCAGUACCAACUCUUUGAUAGUGGCAUGGUUGUUGAACUCCUUGUCUCCAACCAUAACUGCAACUGUUGAGACUAUCUCAACUGCUACUGAGGUAUGGAAAACCCUCUCAAAACUGUACUCAGGUGAAGGGAAUGUGAUGUUAAUAGCUGAAACAGAGGAGAGAGUUGGUGAACUCAUACAAGGGGAAAAUUCUGUGAUGGAGUAUGUUGCUGAACUGCAGCGUUUGUGGGCUGAUUUAGAUCACUAUGAUCCUCUGGAUUUGCCACAUGCAGAUUGCAUAGCAGCUGCUAGAAAAUGGAUUGAACGCAGACGAGUGAUGCAGUUUCUCAAAGGAUUGAACUCUGAAUUUGAGGCGAGACGUGCUACUUUAUUUCAUCAACCUACUCUACCUGCCUUAGAGGAUGCCAUAGCAGCAAUGGCACAGGAGGAGGUCCGAUUAAAGUUGAUGAAGAACAAUACAACGACUCCAUCUCAUCCAGCCUUCAUAGCAAUCGACUAUAAGAGCAGAGAAUGCUUCAACUGCGGUGAGAAGGGUCAUUUGAUUCGUUCUUGCACGGCUCCACGUAGGAACAUGCGUGGAAGGGGGAGAGGAUAUAACCGAGGUGGAUUAAGGGGAGGCCGAGGCCAGGGAUACUCUGGUGGUCAAAGGGCAAAUGUGGCAGUCUCAGAAGAAGGAUCCUCACUCGCAACCCAAGAAGAAUCAAAGAAAAGAACAGAAAGCACAGGUGAUAAGGAUCAUGAGGAUUGUAGUUACGGCAACUUUGCUCACUUUGUAUCUACAGAUGAAGGAGAGGCAAACGGGGAAGAGGCUUGGGACUGGAACCAGGCGUAAUGGGCUAUGGUACAUGGAUCGCGAGGUGCCAAAUAAUGCGGUGUCUACGAUGUUAGCAACAAUGAUGGGAGAAAAGGAAACAAAGGUAAUGCUUCACCAUUGUAGAAUGGGACAUAUGUCUUUUGAGAAGAUGAGUAAAGUCUUUCCCGAUGUAAUGUGUGGGGUGGAUAAGAACAAGCUUGUGUGUGAUGCAUGUGAGUUUGCUAAACACACAAGGACAUCUUAUGUGAGUAAGGGUCUUAGGAGUAUUUCCCCUUUUAUGCUUGUUCACUCAGAUGUGUGGACAUGUCCUGUUAUCUCUCUAAGUGGAAUGAAGUACUUUGUUACAUUCAUUGAUUGCUA